AAUGGAAGAUCACAGAGACUGCCCAGCUGUAAACCAUCACAGCUGUACCCACAUGUUCCAGUGACCAGCAGUAGCAGUGCCCAACCCUGGCAUUAUCCUCAUGCAGACUCAAUGAAUGCAGGCUGGCUACCAUCUAGACUCUGAGAAAAACCUGUUUUGUGAAGUUGCCAUGCUAAAUAAAGGGCUCAUUCCCUAAAAGGAGUUUUGUUUGUGAGUCCUACCCUAUGCCCACGUCCUCUCACAGCUUUGUGCUAUAACACUGGUGGCAGCGGUGGGAUAGGGUACCAGGACAUUGGAGGAACAAAGUACCAGCUCCCUUUCAUCCCUGCAUCAUGGAAGCUCCACCUGGAAUAUACAGUGUCUCAUGGGAUACAUUUAAUGACUCCUGGACUCCACAGAUCCCUACUGAUCCCAGGGAGAACACCUUGUUUUGGCAGAGGUGUGACUAUCUUGGACUCUCUGCAGAUGAGGCUCUGACCCAUGGGGUAGAACAGCUGGUGAGGAUGGAGGCAGACCUGGAGGCUGAUUACUAUGUCCUGCAGAGUACAAUGCACCAACCAGGUGGGAGAUACAAGUAUAGUUCCUACACAGUGUGCCCCCUUCCCCACAGCUGGGAGGAAUGGCAAGAGCUCUGGGACCAACAGAAGUUCUGUAAAUACAACACCUUUGUGGGUGACCCAGAGGAGGAGUUCUGGAGCCUCUAUACAAGCCGGUUUAGAUACAUUGGCAUGAAUGAUACAGAGGAAAGGAGGGACUGGUUAGCUGAACUGGUUUAUCGGGAGCUGGAUAUUAUAAGAGACUAUGUGGGGAUCCUACAAUUUAAAGAUCGUCGUAGGGAAGAAAUGCUCACAGAACCUGAGCUUGAUUGCUGCCCGUUUAAAGGCUUGGCAGAGGCUACGGCUUCCCCAAGUGAAAACCCUGUCUGUGUGGAGUCCAGUGGCUGUGUGAUCCCUGGACUGGCAGAACCUGAGCUUGGUUGCUGCCCGUUUAAAGGCUUGGCAGAGGCUGCGGCUUCCCCAAGUGAAAACCCUGUCUGUGUGGAGUCCAGUGGCUGUGUGAUCCCUGGACUGGCAGAACCUGAGCUUGGUUGCUGCCCGUUUAAAGGCUUGGCAGAGGCUGCGGCUUCCCCAAGUGAAAACCCUGUCUGUGUGGAGUCCAGUGGCUGUGUUAUCCCUGGACUGGCAGAACCUGAGCUUGGUCGCUGCCCGUUUAAAGGCUUGGCAGAGGCUGCGGCUUACCCAAGUGAAAACCCUGUCUGUGUGGAGUCCAGUGGCUGUGUGAUCCCUGGACUGGCAGAACCUGAGCUUGGUCGCUGCCCGUUUAAAGGCUUGGCAGAGGCUGCGGCUUACCCAAGUGAAAACCCUGUCUGUGUGGAGUCCAGUGGCUGUGUGAUCCCUGGGCUGGCAGAACCUGAGCUUGGUUGCUGCAUAUCUAAAGUCUUGGCAGAGGCUGCGGCUUCCCCAAGUGAAAACUCUGUCUGUGUGGAGUCCAUUGGCUGUGUGAUCUCCGGACUGGAAGAAUUGGGAAAAGAUUGCAUGGAGGAGAAAGAGGAAGAUAUCCCAACACCAAAGGAGCAGCUGCUGGUUAAAGAGGAUCAGAUGAACACCCCACAGAAAAGUGCACGUUUGGCGAGUCCCAGUGUCAUCCCCUCAACAUUUCCCAGGUGGAGGGAUCCCAUACUGUGUGAUGUUGCAUGGGCUAGGGCCCCUAGAAAGGUUGGGGGUAAUGUGGAACUAAAGAAAAGGCCGGGGAAAAAAAACUUUAGGAAUACUCUCUGGGGUCCACUUGUUACUGGGGUUACCUGACAAUGAGUCACCUGGCCUGACUGCUGGGAAGGGGAAUACAGACUGUUUCACCUUUGAAUGUCCCCUUCUCCCUGGAAGGCCCCUUUAUUGUCCUGGAGGCCAGAACUGUGACAUUUACUGGAUAACCCAGAUGGAGGAGAGGGGAUUAAUGAUGGCUGCCCUGAAAUAUCUUCCCUAAAUCCUGUGGGUUCAGGUUACAUUCAAAUUUUUUCACUACCAUGUGGUGUAUUCACAGUAUACCAGUUUUGCUCUGGAACGUAAUGACUUUUGCUCAGUGACUGGGAAUUGUUUGUGAAAUCUGCAACCAAACUGUGUAUCAUGGACUGUAACUGUGUGGGAGGGGGGACUCUAAGAGACUAUUUUUAUUCUCUACUACGGACAUUUUAUUUUAUGGGAAUUGGCUAGUGAGGCUGCUGGGAACCUGUAUAGGCCCCCAGCAGGCUCACUAUUUGGAAGGGGGGAGAAAUUGUGAUAAAACAAACUUUUAAUCGGGAGGGAAAAAUGUCAAGUAUUAUGUUAUGGCUUAGUUGCUUCUAACUGCUUCAACAAAUGGUAUGUGUGUGAUAACCUUUGCUCCUUUCCCUAUGUGGUUUUUGAUGUUGAAUAGCCAGUCCUGCAUUCUUUGGUAAGUGACCCCUACUGUGAGGGCAAACAAACCAGCACCCUCUGUAACUCAAUACACAUAGAUGACCCCAAGAGAUGUGUACUGUCUGGAUCCUACAUUCAGACUAAACUGGGCAUGCUCCCCAAAUGGCACCCCAUUGGCCAAACAGUAUUAGCUGUGAUUGGCGCCAUUAUAAUUCAUGGUCGGAUUGGUCCUUAUAAUGGCACACCUGGCCUAUCAUGUGAUUGGCCCUUGUGGAAGCUGCCUUUGUGGUUGGCAGAAGGACUCAAACCCUGUUCUGCAUUUACGACAGGGGCUGUUCCCUUUCUGGCUUACAAAGGUGGCUGUUAAGAAUUCCAAUUUGUUAGUCUUUUUAUACAAAUGGAAGAUCACAGAGACUGCCCAGCUGUAAACCAUCACAGCUGUACCCACAUGUUCCAGUGACCAGCAGUAGCAGUGCCCAACCCUGGCAUUAUCCUCAUGCAGACUCAAUGAAUGCAGGCUGGCUACCAUCUAGACUCUGAGAAAAACCUGUUUCGUGAAGUUGCCAUGCUAAAUAAAGGGCUCAUUCCCUAAAA